ACACGGGCAGCCCACAGACAAAGUUGACAAAGGGCGCCCAACCCACGGCGGAAAGCGACGCGCGCCAGAUAAAUGGCGGGGGAGCCAGCAGCAACCUACUUCCUGCUUCCUCCAGAAUCGGUCAGCCGCAAUCCUUCCACCCCGUACCACGCCUCCCCCUACCCCCACCACCAACAAGCAUGAUUUCCCCACGCCCCGCGCUCUCCCCCAGCUUCCUCGCCUUCCGGUCCGGCUCCCCGGCCGCGUCGCCGCCGUCCUCCCCGCGCCUCCACGCGCCGCCGCCCCUCUCCGCCUCCUUCUCCACCGUCGCCACCGCGGCACCGGGCCACGCAGCUGCCAGCUCCUUCUACGACGUCCUCGGCCUCCGCCCCGGGGCCAGCGCGCGGGAAAUCAAGGCCGCGUACCGCCGCCUGGCGCUCGCCGUCCACCCGGACGCCGCCCCGCACCCCACAUCGUCCGCCGAGGACUUCAUCCGCGUCCACGCGGCCUACUCCACGCUCUCCGAUCCCGACAAGCGCGCCGACUACGACCGCCGCCUCCUCCUUUCCGGCGCCACAGUACGGCGCACCGUCGCUCUAGGACGCUCGCCCUCGUUCCCAGCGCACCGUUCCCGCCGGACAUGGGAGACUGACCAGUGCUGGUGAUAUGUGAGAAAGAUCUUCGACUUCGACGUCUACGACUGGUGCGGUCUCCGCAGUCUCCGUCGGGCCGCAGAACCUUCCAAUGAAUGGGAACGCGAAGAUCCCCGCAAACCUCUGGACUCACACAAAGCGUAGCGCAGCCUUGCAUGCUUCGUUGCGGGCUUGCGGCCUGUAAUGUAAGAAUGUUAAAAUAUAUGAUGAUGUGUAACGUCCUCUGUUUUGGGUCAUGGAUGUGUUGUAUGUAGUGUUAGAUUUAGGGUCUAAAGUGCUAAACUUUAGUAUUCAAUAACAGUUUAGCUCCUUAGGUGAGCUAAAUUUAUCCUGCAAAAGUUUAGCACAUGAGAUUCAAAUAGAUCCUUGAUAUAGACAUAAUUCAUACUACCUCUAUCUCAAACUAAAAUUUCCUUUUUUGGUAAUUAAUAGAAUCAUAUAAUACUUGAUGUAUUUGUUUUA